AUGGACCAGCAGUGGCAGCAGUACAAUUCAGAUUCGUCCAACCGCCCGAGUCGUCACCCGCAUUCUCAAAUGCAGAAUCACCAGGCCAAUGGAGGCCCACAACAACCACAAUCAGCUGGUGGAUAUAGCUACGAUGCGUACCAGCAAACAGCAUCUGCCUCUCAUCCCAGUUCCAUGGCAGCUUCUCCAUCAGGCACUCCUCAUAGACGCGCUUUCUCGGGCGACACUGAUGUCAAGAUGGAAGAUGCGGAUCCCUACAAUAGCAUGAAAUACCCCCCUCGGCCAAGCCACCAUCAACGACCUUCCGGUCAAUUUCUGAGCCAACAGGAGAGUUCGAGCGGGUAUUCGCCAGUCAAGGCGCUCUCGCCGUCAUCACCAUAUACACCAAGCUCAUCACAGUCUACCCAAAGUCCCUACGGACAAUUUCCGUCUCACAGCACCUCAGCACGUCAGUCGCCAACACGUGCAACGCCUUACGCAACACCAAAUCAAUCCUAUUACACAACGCCCACUAACUCGAGGCAACCACCUGUACUUCCUCCAAUACAAGCGAACAACGCGAGCCCGGACCAAUACUACCCAAGUUCAGCCCAAGCUCAGUUUAACGCUAUGUUUGGCCGGGAAAACCGGUCACCUCGGAACUUGAGACCACCACAAAGCGGUACCACAGCGGAGGUGCCUCGAGGAGCAGUCCCACAAUUCACCAAGAUAAACUCAACUCAAGAUAUUCAGCCUAGGAUCAACGAACAGCCAGCCUUCAGGCGGGCAAAUCCAGAGGGAGGUUUCAUCAGUCCUCUACAGGCACUGACUACGCAUUUGCCCUCAACUUACCGCAUCUGCAACCCACAAUUCAAGUAUGAAUCGUCACGAAACCCAAGGCGUGUUCUCACCAAGCCGAGCAAAGGUGUCAAGAAUGAUGGCUAUGACAACGAGGAUAGUGACUACAUCUUAUAUGUAAACGACAUUCUCGGGAAUGAGGACAAUGGUCACAAGAAUCGCUACCUUAUCCUUGAUGUUCUGGGCCAAGGUACAUUUGGACAAGUAGUCAAAUGUCAAAACCUGAGAACUCAAGAGGUAGUUGCUGUGAAAGUGGUGAAGAAUCGCACGGCCUACUUCAACCAAAGUAUGAUGGAGGUCUCCGUACUAGACCUACUUAAUGGUAAACUCGACAAGAAUGAUGACCACCAUCUUCUGAGACUCAAAGAUACAUUUAUCCAUCGGCAACACUUAUGCCUUGUAUUCGAGCUGCUAAGUGUGAACUUGUAUGAACUGAUUAAGCAAAACCAGUUCCGAGGCUUAAGCACGACCCUGGUUCGAGUUUUCGCACAGCAGCUGCUCAAUGCUCUAAGCCUUCUGAACAAGGCCCGUCUCAUACAUUGCGACCUGAAACCUGAGAAUAUUCUGCUUAAGAAUUUGGAAAGCCCUGUCAUCAAGAUCAUUGAUUUUGGAUCAGCUUGUGAUGAAAGACAAACGGUAUAUACUUAUAUCCAAUCGCGCUUUUAUCGCUCACCCGAGGUGUUAUUGGGCUUGCCAUAUUCUUCGGCCAUCGAUAUGUGGUCCUUGGGCUGUAUAGUCGUGGAGCUUUUCUUGGGCCUGCCGCUUUUUCCAGGCUCUUCAGAAUACAAUCAAGUUUCGCGAAUUACCGAAAUGCUGGGCUUACCACCAACGUGGAUGUUGGAAAUGGGCAAACAGUCCGGUGAGUUCUUCGAAAAAGUACAUGACGAAUACGGUCGACGUAAUUACCGCUUGAAAUCAAUGGAGCAAUACUCUAGGGAACAUAACACCAAGGAACAGCCAAGCAAGAAGUAUUUCCAAGCUACAACGCUGCCGGAGAUCAUUCGAACGUAUAACAUGCCACGAAAGAACAUGAAGCAGGUCGAGAUGGAUAGAGAAAUGAGCAAUCGACAUGCCUUCAUUGACUUUGUCAGAGGACUGUUGAACAUCAAUCCAUUGGAAAGAUGGUCACCCCAACAAGCCAAAUUACACCCUUUCAUUACGCAGCAAAAAUUCACUGGACCUUUCGUUCCACCAAUGAAUCUUAAAUCCUCUUCUUUGACAAAAUCGCCUGCCCCAGGUGUCCAGCAGCAGCAACAAGCCGAGGCUGUCAGCAAGCAGCGUGCACAAGCCGCACAAGCUCAGGUCCAAGCUCAAGCGCAAACCGCACAGUCUGCAUACACGGCUAACACUCAGAUGGGUUAUGUACAGAGUCCUUUGGGAGCAGCUCCGCCUGUGUACAAUAAUAUGUACGCUCAACAAGCGGCACCUCCUCCUUACGCAUCACAGUCAUCUGGCUAUGGCCAGCAGAUGGGUAUGAUGCAGCCAGCGUCUGCUCAGAUGGGACACGGACAGUAUACGCCUCAGCAGAACCUGUAUGCCCAAGCCACAGCGCGAGCUGGAAGACAGCGGGCUUCCACUAUGGACCAGCAGCAGGGAGGAAUACCGCAGUCUAUUCAAAGAGUUGCAAGCCACCUUGAUCCAAAUGCGCCUAUCAGGCUACAACCGAGCCCUGCUUACUAUCCACCGCCUCCAGAUGGCUACGUGGAUAACACGGCAGCGAAUGCCAGAAGAAGGGGUAGUCGCGCGGCAACAGGACGCAGCAGAAAUUUCAUACAGACUUUGGAAGAUCGAACGAUGGAAGAAGGCUAUGUUGUACAACGAAUUAGCAAGCUGCUCCGCAAGAUCGGCACUCAACGUGUGCAUCUAAAUGCAGAAAUCCGCCAGGAAAUACUGACUGAAGAAUCAAGCGAGCAUCAAAAUCUGAUAGAGCACCGCUCCGCUUUGCAAAGACGGAGUCGUGCUGAAGGCGUAUGGUUCUUGGAGGAAAAGCCUGAUGCGUUCUGGGAGAACUGUCGAGUCAUUGUCGAGAGCUAUAUCAGAGAGAGCGAAGAAGCGAAAGCGCUGUUGAUUGAAGAGGACUUAUGUGUAAAUUGGACGACAUUGGAAGCGGGACUGAGUCAAGCUGCAAAAGUCUAG